GCGGCCACAUGCCCCCCCCCCCCCCCCCCCCCCCCGCCGCUUCGUGUCGUUCCCGAAUCCCACCUCACGGAGCCCGAAAUGCUCCGCAUGGGAGCAGGCGACAGGCGACGUGUCGCGGCGGCAGGCGCCCGUGGGCACACCUGGAGCCCCGCCGCGGCGACACCCAAGCGCUCCCCCUCUGCCGAACUCCGCUCCACCUCCCCCACCCGCGCUCGCCUCCCGCCGGUCCGCCCUCACGCCUAUUUAUGCCUAGCGACGGGGACGGACGAGGCCCUGAUGCUUCUUUCUGCCGUCUUCUUCUCGCCCGGUCGCCAUGGUGCAUGAGACGAGGUCACGGGCUCAUGCAGCUGCCCAGGAAGAAGGGAAGGUCGCCUCAAAAAAGCAGAAAACAGAGAGCAAAGACCAGGAGAAGGGCCAACAUGUAGCCUCCAAGAACAAGAAGUCUGCUGAGAAUAAGGGGCAAGAUGCAGAAUCCGAGGCACCAACAAAGAGCAAGAAGCUCAAAGCUGAGGAAUCUGAGCCAAAUGGGAAGGGAGCAGCAGCAAGAGAUUUUGCAGAGUUAUGUAAAGCCAUAGAAGAACACCUCUCUGUUGAGGACAUGCGCAAGAUCCUUCAAGCCAAUGAACAGGAUGCUUCUGGAUCAGAGGAUGCAGUCAUUGCACGAUGUGAGGAUAUGAUGUUCUAUGGACCCCUCGAGAAGUGCCCAAUAUGUGGUGGUCAGCUUGAGUUUAAGGAGUGGAAAUACAAGUGCACUGGGAACUACAGCGAGUGGGCACGCUGCACUUUCAGUACUAACAAUCCUUCAAGGAAAAGUGGUCCAAUAAAAAUUCCUGAUGACAUAAAAGAUGAUUUUAUCCACAAGUGGCUGAAGCAACAAGAGGGAAAGGAAUUCCCUAAACGUGAUAUUGAUGAAGAGGCCCACAUCUUCUCUGGCAUGAUGAUUGCAUUGUCUGGACGGAUGUCGCGGUCACAUGGUUACUUUAAGGAACAGAUAAUGAAGCAUGGAGGGAAGGUCAACAAUUCCGUCCUUGGUGUUACCUGUGUGGUUGCUUCUCCGGCUGAGAGAGAUAAAGGUGGCUCUGGAGGAUUUGCUGAAGCGCUGGAGCGUGGAACUCCUGUUGUUAGCGAGAAAUGGAUAAUGGAUAGUAUCGAGAAGAAGGAAGUUCAACCUUUAGCUGCUUAUGAUAUUGUUUCUGAUGUUGUUCCGGAAGGCCGAGGACUCCCUCUGGGCCAACUCGAUCCAAGUGAGGAGGCCAUAGAGACCUUAGCUGCAGAGGUUAAACUUUUUGGUAAGAGAGCAGUGCACAAGGACUCUAAACUUGAGAAAGAUGGGGGGUGUAUCUUUGAGAAGGAUGGCAUAAUUUACAAUUGUGCUUUCGCUUUGUGUGAUCUAGGAUGUGAUAUGAAUCAGUUAUGCAUUAUGCAGCUGAUUAUGGUGCCUGAAAAUCGUUUGCACCUGUUCUACAAAAAUGGUCCAAUUGGUCAUGAUCAGAUGGCAGAUGAAAGAGUUGAGGAUUUUGGUACCCGUGUCAAUGAUGCUAUUAAAGAAUUUGUUCGGUUAUUUGAGGAGGUUACUGGAAAUGAGUUUGAGCCUUGGGAAAGAGAAAAGAAGUUUGAGAAGAAGAGUAUGAUGAUGUAUCCCUUGGACAUGGAUGUUGGGGUUGAUGUGCGUUAUGGAGGAGCUGCACUUCGGCAGUUGGGUACUGCAGCAGCACAUUGCAAGCUUGAUCCAUCUGUUUCUUUUCUGGUGAAACAACUAUGUGGCCAAGAGAUUUACAGGUAUUCUUUGAUGGAGAUGGCCCAGGACCUGCCUGACCUUCCCAUAGGGAUGCUCACUGAUCUCCAUCUAAAGAGAGGGGAGGAAAUGCUUCUUCGGAUGCGACAAGAUGCAGAAUUGAUUCCAGAGUCUGGCCCAGAAGCUGAUGCUUUCUGGACAGAAAUCAGCAACAAGUGGUUCACUCUGUUCCCCACAACUCGACCAUACAUUUUGAGGGGAUUUGAGGAGAUUGCAUACAAUAUAGCAUCUGGUCUGGAGACAGUACGUGAUAUUAACGAUGCUUCUCAUCUCAUUGGAAAUGUGUUUGGUUCGACUCUGGAUGAUCCACUGUCUGAAUGCUACAAUAAGCUGGGUUGUUCGAUCAAUCCUGUAGCCGAGGAUUCAGAUGAUUACAAGAUGAUUCUGAGGUACCUGAAGAAAACAUAUGAACCGGUCAGGGUGGAUGAUGUGGUUUAUGGUGUGUCUGUUGAGAGGAUAUAUGCUGUAGAGUCCAGUGCAUUUCCUUCUUACGAGAAAAUAAAGAAUCUACCAAACAAAGUUCUUCUCUGGUGUGGAACUAGAAGUUCUAACUUGCUUAGGCAUCUACAUAAAGGAUUUCUGCCUGCUGUUUGUCACCUUCCUGUGCCAGGGUACAUGUUUGGCAAAUCCAUAGUCUGUUCUGAUGCAGCAGCUGAAGCUGCCCGCUAUGGCUUCACCGCGGUGGAUCGUCCAGAAGGGUACUUGGUCCUGGCUGUGGCCUCUCUGGGGGACGAGAUCACAGAAGUGACUGGCACACCAGGGGCCGAGGAUGCUCAAGGCUUCGAAGAGAAGAAAAUAGGUGUCAAAGGUGUCGGGAGGAAGACGACCGACGAGUCGGAGCACUUCACCUGGAGGGAUGGCGUCAAGGUCCCCUGCGGCAAGCUGGUGCCGUCCAGGAACAAGAAUGGCCCGCUAGAGUACAAUGAAUACGCUGCGUACAACCCAAAGCAGGUGAGCAUCUGCUUCCUGGUGGGGGUGAAGUACGAGGAGCAGAACAUGGAGGUGGUGGCGGACGACGAGUGAAGCCAGUGCCGGAACCGGCGGACCACCGCAUUUUGCAGUCGGUGCGUGGUGUUACUGUGAGCUGGUAGGGUCCGUGCUUGUGAAGCAUGGGGCACCACAGCGGUGACAAUGCAUUCUGUGACAACUGUGAGGGAGCUUGUGUUACGUUUUGGGCUGCCCCGUUCUGGUUGUUCCGUCAUCGCUGUUGGUGUGGUAAGAUAGAAACCAGUAGUGGUUCUAGUGGGUAAGUAGUGCUAGUGGCGCCUGUAAGGCCCCGUUUGUUGCAGGCCGUGUGGCUGCAGCAGAAUGUAAAUAUUUGUGUUGGAUGUUAGCACGGCUUCAGUUUGGCACUCUUUGUUGAAGUAUGCUUCUGAAAUCUCUUCGUAGUAUGCUUCUGAAAUCUCUUCGUAUCUUCUGAAAA